AUGGAGCACCCAACCUCCAAAGUGAUCUUGACCUCCGACAAUUUUUCCCAUACGCAAGAAAUCUCCCGUGCUACGUCGCCUGGUGGUGAGCCUGCAGUCAUGAAUGGGGACGGCGAGCCCAAAGCUCGGGUGCGCCCCCGAACAUACCCUUAUUUCAAAUACCUACCAUACCAGCUCGAAGACGAACCUGAGAGGAAUCGGACAUUACACGAGAUCCUGAAUCACCUCUAUAUUUCCGUGGAGGCAGGUGACUUCAGCCCUGGUGCUGUGCAUUGGACGCGUGAGCUUCGGGGAUGGCUAUCUCUGAAAUUCGAUCCGACCCGGAAGGAGAGAAUCAAUCUGGUCAGGCUUUAUUAUGAGCUGGCGCUGGCCCCGGGGAUUGAUCCCAACGUGGCGGAACGCUUCGCUAGCAUGUUCAUGCUGCUAACAAAGCGCAAGCACUAUCUCCGCCCUGUCAAGGAUCUGAUUCUUGAUUGGAAGCCUCUUUACAAGGAACUAAAGGCCUUUGUGCUUCCAACGGAGUCGGGUCUCGUUCACUCAACAAAUCUCAAACGCAAUGUCAAAACGCUGACGAAAAUGUGCGCCUUCUCACAAUUGUUCUUCGAUCCCUGCGAGAUACCGGCGAUGCUUGAGGAAUUCCUUCCGCAUUACACGACGUCUUUCUCAGAAGGGGCUUUCGUUGUAGCAGGCUUAAUCAAUCUGAUGCUGCCGACUUUACCUCCCCCUGCCGAUAGAGCAGAUCUUCUACCACAGAAAUAUCUACCGACACAAUUUCACCUAUGGUCGCUUGUUGGCCGCUCAAAGACCUUUGACACCACUUAUCUCGAUUAUCUGUCCCGCCUCGCACGGGACUCGCUUUCUGCGGCACAUAUCCCAUUUUCUGAGCAUGGUAUAUUCACCAAGGAACAAUCGUCGCUUAUUUUCACAGCAAUCUUGCGUCUCCUAGAAAUCCCAGUCGGGCAAUCUACCUCGCCAUACAGUGCACUCGUGGACAUUUCAUCUGGUUUGGGCAUCAUGCUCGACCGCGACACUCGCAAGCAUCCUGUGGCCCAUCACAUUGCCCGCUGGAUAGUCCUGUCGCUCUCCCCAGCCUGUUUGGAGUCUGAGAACUCGAUUCUGUCACAACUCGAGGGAUUGAUUCAAGCUGUGGAGACAUUCUUCCAUCCCUCGAACUCCGGUGGCUGGACGAAGACCCUUUCUCAGCUUGUCUACUAUCUCACUGAUUUUUUUGUCAUGAGAUGGAAUCGUGAGCACAGUGGUGAGAUGGAGAUACCUGCCGAGCGGAAACUUAACGAGGCAUUGAAGCGUCGCUUCGUCUUGUGCCUCAGAGACGUCAUCUUUAUGGGCAUUUAUGCAAAGAGUAGCACAGCAAUGACAUUCUCCUUGUCAACCUUACAAGGGUUGGCUUACCUGGAGCCACAUCUCAUUCUACCCGGAGCUUUGCAGAGAAUAUAUCCUUCUCUGCAAGGAUUAGUCGAAGUCCAUCGAACGACUUCUUCCCUACGUGCAAUGCAAGUGCUCUCACGAGUGAUCACACGCACAAGAGGUUAUCGAUGCCACAUGACCACACUUAUGGGACUAGCUUUGCCAGGGAUUGACGCCAACGACUUGGAUAAAUCCCUUCACGCGCUAUCCUUUAUUCAGUCAGCAUGCUAUAAUAUCCCCAUGGUCGAUCUGACUCAGGGUAGAGAAGACGUCAAUUGCAACAUGCUGGCCUUGCAGUGGGUUACAGGAGAGAUGGAGAGGAUGGAAGAACAAGGUGCUGAUCUUCAGAUGGAUUAUGACACCGAAUUGGAUGAUGAGACUGAAGAAAUGAUACUGCGCUCAUCAACAUGCGGCUUUGGUGAUUUUACCAUCUCGUUCCUUGGCCGGGUAUUCACUUUGCUUGAAAACCUGCCCGACGUCACAAGGGUGCGUAACGGAUCACCGGAAGAGAAUAUUGUGAACACACUUCCAGCAACGUUCAUGCCCUUGCUAGCUUCGUUAUCACCUGAGUACUACGACAUUGCGUUGUCCAAAAUCGCCGAUUUCGUUUCGAACCAUGUGAUUCAUCAAGCUCGAGAUGCGAUGGCAUUCAUUUGUAACGCUCUAUGCAAGGUGCAUCCGGAGAAAGCUCUGAAACGGUUUAUUCCGAAUCUUAUCCAAGCGAUCCGUACGGAGAUUGAAGAGAACGGCGCUGGCUCAACAAGGACGACGGGUACAGAUGUUUUACCUCGUGAUCGCGGUCUUGUAUGGAAUGUCAGCAUGCUAAGCAUGUGCGUGGUUCAUGUGGGCGAUGCUGUGCUUGCUCAUCGCCAAGAGCUUUUCGAUAUUGCAGUGUACAUGCAGCAGAAAUGCCGCGGGAUUCCUACCGUGCACAUUUCCAACUUUAUACAUCACCUUUUGCUCAACCUUACGGGCACGUACACCAGCGACUACGCUCUUUACGAGAAUUCUGACGUUCAGGAUGGAAUACAGCCAACACAUUGGAACUACAAAGCUGAUGUGAACAAAUUGAACAUCAAGUGGCAUGUCCCCAAGCGUCCAGAGCUUGAAUUUGCUGUGGAAGUAUUUAAGAACCAAGCCGAAUCAGCUCUGAAGCACUUAUCAGGGCUGACGAAUGAGACAUCGAGCGUCAAGCGGGACGGAAGUGGGAAAGAUUGGUCUGAUGAAGUCACCCGAAAUCUUGUCCUGCUUCGGCUGCUCUUGUCUGGAAUAUCCGUGCUGUUUGACUCCAAGGCUACAAGCAAUACUGUCAAAAACUCGCCCGAAGAUCAAUCAUCUGGUUCUGAGAAUCAAGGCAUGGACGAGGGACCGGAUGGGGAUUCCGAUGCAUUGCUGGAUACCUCAGACGAGUCUGCGAUCAAAGAAAAUUUCACAUAUCCAACAGGAUACCCACUUGAAGAAGGAGAUGGUCUCUACACCACGAUUCACGAGAUUCGCGAGCGCGCAGGAUACGUGCUGCAUGAGGUCCACCGAUUUUUGAGCGACAAACAGGAAGACGACGUCCCAUGCUUUGGUGCGCUGUACUCGGCUUACCGCUCAUGGUUUGUUGACGUGGGUAUCGAGCGCUCGGCCCAUGUUCUUGAUCGAGUCACACGCCUAUUGGCAGCUGACGUGCACCCGUACAAGAUGAGUGGUGUACGCAAAGACUACCCUCGAGCUCUCCUCGUGCGUAGAGCGAACGUCUACCACUUGCAGCGUUUACGACACAACGCCGCCCCUCGAGCUCGGUCCAAGCUUGACGAGAUCUUGCUGUAUGACCUUGCCGAGUCCUGCGUUUCUGUCUACACAGAGACUCGGAGGAAUGCUCAGAAUGCGGGUGAAUCGGCGUUGAAAUCGGUCUGGGGUGCAAGAACACUGAUCAUCCCGCCCCUGCUCAAGGCACUGCAAAAGGGAGUGAAGGAAAAUGACCACGCGCGAAUCAAAGGUGCGCUCUUCUCUUUGCUCCUGAGCAGCGUUGCGAAGACAGUUGGCCGAAACUGGAAGUACACGCCCGCAUUGAUCCGAACCUUCAUUGAUGCCAGCGCUGUGGACAAGCCUUCUGUGCAGAAAAUCUGCUCCAGUGCUGUGUUCCAAGUCAUGGACUACGGCCGCGCAAUGGAACGCAUGGCAAUCUUGGACAAGAAUAUCGUUGAAGCAAUUGCUCCAAGUGAUGAUUUCCACGAGGCCAUUGAGCAGAAACGCCAGGCAAUCGCAAAUAAGCGCGUCGUCAUUGAGAAGAAGAAGGCUGACUUGGCCGAGGAGCUGGUCAAUUUGGCACGAGUCUCUCAUUGGAAGAUCGCCAGCCGCGCUGCGACAAUUGUUAUUACUAUGGGGCUUCGAUUCGACUACAUCGCGAGUAACAAUCUAAUUGAGCUUGUCACCCUCGGCUCGAUUGAUGACCACCCUGGCCUUCGAGGCAUGUACUCUCAAGCCCUUAUUGCGCUCUUCACGAUGGUUGAUGUUCGAGCAAUCUGUUCGCACGAAUACAAGAAUUAUAUUCUCGGCCACCAGCGUUUCCCCUCCAAGAUCAAGGUAGCUACUCGUCCGCACGAGGAAAAGUGGACCGAAGAUUACCUUGCGGGAUUUGCCAAGCCAGAGGCUGAGUACUAUGUUGACCAUGAUUUCCCGGGUUGGUUGGUGUGGGGCAAGACAAUGCCUGCAUACAAGUCCAAUAUCGGCCGCGACAUUGAGUAUGAUGAGGUCGAGUGGAAUGUGCGGACCCAGAUGGGCAAGUUGUUCACACGUGAAUGGUUCUCCAAGUUCUUCGCGUAUCUCAAACAAGAACCACGGGAUCCGUCGGCGGAUAAGUUCCGCAUGUCUUGUGCCAUGAUGCUUCUUUAUGCCUUUGAGCUGAUGUUGCGGGAUGGUCUUACCGCUGCCUCGUUCCAGGACAUUCAGGAAGAGGUAAAAGAAGUGUUUGAGGACGGAAGUGACAAACAUCAACACCGAGCGACGGCCGAGAUUCUUGGGGCUUUGAUCAGUUCCGUCACGGAUACUAGCGUGGAGAAUCGCACGCUCGUCUGGGAAUAUGCAUUCCCGAUUGUGCGUCAAAUCUUCACAGAUGGUCUCACACCGGAAAAUUCUGGUUAUUGGACAACAUUCCUUCAUAUGAUUUUGCAAUGCCGCGACCCUCGUCGUGCCUGGCCUUUGGUCGAUUGGCUUGCCAGCUUCCGCCUGGACAUGUCGACCAAUGCAGCCUUCAAGGAGAGUUCAAAAAUCAACCUGCUCCACCAGUGCAUUAUUGAUGCUGGAUGGCAUUUCCAACUCGAGAAGCCCAUUGUUCAAGAUUUCCUUGCCCAUCUGGAUCACCCUUAUAAGGGCGUGCGAGAAGCUAUGGGUCAAACCCUUGCGACCAUCUAUCGCACAAGAUAUCAUGAGUCGUACCCGGAUCUGAAGCAUCUGCUGGAAGACCAAAAUGCGGCAUCCUCUGUCGGUACGUAUCCUUACUCGCCUUCUGAGGAAUUCUCCCAGAUGCUGCGCGGCGUCUUUGACCAGAUUGAAAAAUGGCGACACAUCCGAACACCCGGCCAACAGACUCCGUCGUCGUACACAUCGGGAAGCAAGACCGUGUUGCUUUGGCUUGACUCCACAUUAUCCUCUCACGAGUGUACUCAACUUGUACCUUUCUUCCCCGACGUGUUUACGGCUCAGCUUUUGCACAUGAUGGAUGUGAAGGAAGACCCUGAGCUUCAAUCUUUGGCAUACCACGUUUUCCGCCAUCUCCCCAACAUCCCUUAUCCCGCGGAAAAAGAUUCAGGCUUCAUUCAGUCCCUCAUUCGGAUCGGCCAGACCUCGCCCUCGUGGCACCAGCGUUUGCGCGUGAUGAUCAAUAUUCAAAUCAUCUAUUUCCGCCGAUUGUUCUUGCUGGACUCGGCUGAUCGUGACAAGCUCUUCGAGUGCAUUGCCUCUAUGCUUGAGGAUCCCCAGCAUGAAGUUCGUGUUGGCGCCUCGGCUACACUAUCGGGAAUGGUUCGUUGCUCUCCUGUCUACCUCCGAGAUGCAAUGGUGCACCGAUUCCAAGGGCGCUUCACCAAGUUGCUCGCCGAUAACCCCCUGCCCAAGAAACCACGCAACCUGCGGUCCGGUGUCAUAUCCGCUGUGUCGUCUGGCACCUCGACUCCCACGCCUGAACACAACCGACUCGUCAUUGUUCGCCAUGGAGCAGUACUUGGCCUCGGUGCAUUGAUCCAGGCAUUUCCCUACAACAGCCCUCCACCUCGCUGGAUGCCAGAGGCGUUGACCACACUGAGUAUCCGUGCCGCAAGUGAUCCAGGGGUCGUUGGAUCCAGUGUCAAGUCGAUCAUCAGCGAAUUCAAGAAGACUCGCCAGGAUACGUGGCAUAUCGAUGCAAAGGCAUUCACUUCGGAUCAGCUUGAAGACCUUUCGGGUGUGCUAUGGAAAAGCUACUUCGCCUAA